UGUAACAGAUUUUCUUUAGAGAAUUCUGAACGAACGACAACGACAAUACGAGCCAGCGUGCAGUGAGACCAGUUACGAGGUCGCAUUUCGCUGAAUAAUUUUUUUGAAAAAAUAUUAAAACAAAUUUAAAAAAAAUAUUAACAAAAUUCACUAAAACGAAAGAACACUUUUACGAAAAAUAAAAAAUUAUUGGAAAAAACACUUGUGCGUGCAAUAAUUUUAAUAAAUAUCGAAAAACGAUUAUUAAAAGUUAAACGCAACUAUCUCUCCACAUAGCAUUUACACACACAUAAACGAUUCCAACAACAUACACAAAAUGGGUUUUGGGCGUGAAGAGAAUACGCUGGAGAAGCAAAUUGGCUGCGUCAAAUAUACACUUUUCUGCCUAAACAUCGUCGCUUGGAUGUUUGCAACUUCCCUGUUUGCUCUCAGCGUCUGGCUGCGUGCUGAAGAGGGCUUUAGCAAUUGGCUUACCAUUUUGCAGGCACAAAACUUCUACAUCGGCGUUUAUAUACUGAUUGGCACGAGCAUUAUCAUGAUGGCUGUAUCAUUUUUGGGUUGCCUUAGCGCUCUUAUGGAGAACACAUUGGCACUCUUGGUCUUUCUCGGCACACAGGCUUUCGGUUUUGUUGCGGGUGUAGCGGGUUCAGCUGUUUUAUUGGAUUAUAGCACUAUGCAUUCAAGCUUACAGCCGAUAUUGCAACGCACAUUGACAUAUUUGGUCAGCACAUCGGAAUAUUCAAAUUCGUCAUAUGUACUCAAUAUGAUACAGAGUAAUAUUGGUUGUUGCGGCGCAACCGGACCAUGGGAUUUUUGGAAUUUGCAUCAACCACUGCCAAAUUCUUGCCGCGACACGGUUAGUGGUAAUUGUUUCUUUAAUGGUUGUGUGGACGAAUUGACUUGGUUCUUUGCCGGCAAGACAUCGUGGAUAGUGGCUGUGGCUUUGGGUUUGGCAUUGUUGAAUAUCACUUGUGCGGUCUUGAGUUUGGUUUUGGUGCAAGCGGUGAAGAAGGAGGAAGAUGAAGCGCGUACCUAUCGACAUUAGAGAGCCUAAGAGCACAAUGUAGUUUAAAUACGAGUUUGGGUAUAAAAUGGCAGCUGGUAUUGGAGUCGAAUAUGUACACUAGUUGUUGAUGGAAAUGCGUAUGUUUAUUAGUCUUUAAAUGUGCGCAUUGUGUUCCGUUGGAAGCCGACAAUUUUAAAACUUUUCUUUUUUAUAAAACCACAAAACCGCCGAAUGAACUUUUUACAUACAUUAAAUGCUUUUUCAUACAUAUUUAAUUUUUACCGUUAUCCAUUAGAUUUUUAAGUUUGUUUAACAAAGACAAGAUACCUUUACAAAUACAUCUAAGCGCACAAAUAGUUUUAAUAAAAGUCGUUAAUAAAUAAA